AGCUCCUCAUAUUUCCGUGAUGAGGUCGACCUAUAUGCGCAUCAAUACGAGCGGGCGGCUGCUGCUGACUCUGGUCGACCACAAUGUGCUGCCGGCCACGGACAAGGCGCUGGACCGCAGUGUGGUGGAGAUUGUUGACCACCAUCAUAACGAGCGGCCGGAGGAUGAAGAUGGCAGGUGCGAUCAAUUGAUUGAACUUGUAGGCUCAUGCUGUACCCUGGUUGCCGAUAAGAUACUGCACAAAGCUCCGGAACUGCUUGACGAACAGUUGGCCAUGUUGCUUUUUGGAACGAUCGUACUCGACACAGUGAACUUCUCGGAGAGUGCGCGGAAGGUGACGGUGAAGGAUCGUGACGUUGCGGCGCGGCUGCAGGCGCGUCUGCCCGGCGCUGAUACCGACGUGCUGUUCCAGCAGCUGCAGGCAGCCAAGUGCGACACAUCAGCCCUCUCGAACAUUGACCUGCUAAGGAAAGAUCUGAAAACAGCCGCCAACGAGGGCGUGAGCAUCGCAGUCAGUUCUGUACCAAUGUCAGCGACGGCGUUCUUAAGCAGGAGUGCCGUGCAGGCGGACAUGGCGCGUUUCUGUGACACGAAUAGCUAUGAUGUCAUCGUUGUUAUGGAUAGCAGACCGGUGCCGGAUCUCAAGGCCAUUGCCGUGUUCUCACAGAACGACUGCUAUCGCGUACAGAUGUGUGAUUUGGUGACUCGCGCUGCUUUGCCGCGGCGGCAGACGGAGGUGUUGCCGUCGGCAACGCUGCUGCAGCAAUGCCAGCCGGGCACGACCCGCAAGCAGAUGCUACCGUGCAUCCGCGCCUUCCUCCUCACAGACGCCUCAGCGACCCCCGCCUCGCCUGUCGACGACUCUCUCGAGACGCCGCGAGGCGCGGACGACUCGCGAGACGACGGCUACGUCGCGUCGUCGCCGCCGGCAACCCGCAUUGACAACCCGCCGCUCCGCCUCCCCGACGAGGAAGACGUCAUGCACAACUUCAACGCGCUCGACGACGGGCUCCCGCAUCCCGUCGCCAUGGAAACGGACGUCGGCGCGGAGACGGACGACGCGGACGCGCUGGAGGCUCCGCGCUGCGCGACGCCGCGCAACAGUUACGCGGACGAGCACGCGCGCAGCUUCCCGGCUGCGGAGCCGCCGCAUCUCCCCAGUUUCCACUCGCGCGACAUGGUGAACAAGAUCGCGGCGAAGAAGGAGGCGAUGUCGCAGGAUGACGACACGCUGCUGCUGCAGCCCGAGGCGCGCAACUUUCCGUACACGCCGCCGUCGAGUUUUGCGGAUGGGGAAGCGGCGGACGCGGCGGCGGGACACGAGGAACUGACGCGGUCGGUGCUGCGACGCGUGCUGGAGAAGGCGAGCUCACUAGAGGAGCUCACUGCGGGGCAGAGGGAGGUGGAGGAGGAGGAGGAGGAGGAUGAGGAGCCGGGGCAGGAUCCGAUGUGUCUAGGGGAGGAUGAGGCGGAGGAGAAGGACAGCGGUGCAAGGGAGAGGGCAACAGCGGAGAAGAGUAGAGAAGAGGGAGGUGCAGAGGAGGAGAGGGAGAGCGGUACGGAGGAGAGGAAGCUUGCACGCGUGAUCGCACACACGGCGAUCCACGAGGCAUUGGAGCGAUUCGAGGCCGUCGACGCGGCAACGCGGGUGAGUUCGCGCGAGCAGCAGCGUUACCGCGGCGACGACGACGACCCCGCGGUCGCCACGAUGACGCAACGGUUUUUCGACGAUGAUCCGACGAUCGCGUGCACGUCACAGGAGGCGCCGGUGGACGGGUUAAAGGUCGCGGGAGCGGCGGCGGGGUGGCGGGACAGGACAGGGGGCAGCACGGACAGCUCGGUGACGGACGGCCGGACGGACAGUUCCGACGCCGUGGAAACGCCUGAGGACCUGCAUCCGAAGCGUUCAAAGGACGACGUGAACAAGGUGCUCAAGCAGGGCCGCUUUUUAGACGAGGCAGAGUUCACGAUGGAGCCGGCGCGUUUCCCGAACGAUCCUUCGAACAUGAGACAGGUCAUCAAAGCGUCGAUCGAGUCCGCUGAGAACAUGAAACACAUUGUGACUCAGGAUGAGUGGCAGGACGACAACUACCCUAGUUCUCUCCCUGAGGAUGGGAGUGCAGAUGUGAAACCAGAGCGUCCGGGCAACCUUUCCGAGCGUAAGCGCGUGCCCGUGCAUCCACUGCUGCUGGAGGAAGAAGAUGAGGACAGUGACGCAUUCCUGCAGCAGCAGCGGCGACUCGACAGCAACAUCGUCGACAACGACAACGGCAACGGCGCGACUACGCCCGGCGAACACGUGGACGAUGGCGGCCAUCUUGACGAACUGGAGUGGGAGAACGACACGCCCGUGACGUCGCCGUCGUCUGAGCAUCUUCCCGAGCUCUCAGCAUCCGAGGAGUACCGCGAAUCUCGCAGCUGGAAGCGCGUUGUCGUUGGAGGCAAGCAGCAGACGAUCGACAUGAAGGUCAUCGAACCGUACAAGAAGGUGCUGUCACACGGAGGCUACUAUGGAGAGGGACUGAAGGCAAUUAUAGUGUUUGCUGCAUGCUAUCUCCCAGACAGGAGUAGGAAUGACUAUGAAUAUGUGAUGGAUAAUCUAUUCUUGUAUGUGAUAAACACACUGGAGCAGCUUGUAGCGGAGGACUACAUGCUAGUCUACCUGCACAGCGGUUCGGUCGGCAACAACAUGCCGCGAUUCUCCUGGCUCAAGCGCUGCUACCAGAUGAUCGAUAGAAGGUACGAUUACGACGACCCGCGCUGCUAUCGUGUUGGGACUAUGAUGCCGCUGCGUAAGAACUUGAAAGCGCUCUAUUUGGUUCAUCCGACCUUCUGGUUGAAAACCAUCGUGAUUAUGUGCCGACCAUUCAUCAGCCACAAGUUCUGGAACAAGCUUAAGUUCAUUUAUACUCUGAAGCAAUUGGAUGAAAAUAUACCCAUGGAUUACGUGUAUGUCCCCGAUCAGGUUAAAAGAUAUGACAUGGCGAAAACGGCUGCAUAGGUGCUUGUCUACAUGCGACCUCAAAGAUUGUAUGGGCUAUACUCAUGCAGUCACACUAAACGGUGAUGUCAUAUUUCGGCAGUUUACGACAAUUGACAUUGGUUCUCCAUGCCGUGAAAGACAUGCACCGGUUGAUGGAUAACGAGGCCUAAUGAACAAACACUUCUGCUUGAAAUUGAUCAAGAUUCUCCAUUUAAUAAAAUGUUUUGUUGCGAUAAAUGCGGGUGUUGUGGAAAAUGUGAUAGAUUCGUUCACAUUACACUGACGGCUAACAGCAGAAGUUCAUUAACGGCCUAGGUAUUGCGAGUGGCCGAACACUUAAUGCACAAACCGAUUGCAUGAAACUCGAGUAAACAUGUUUUGACAGUGAAAUUCAUGCAAUGAUUUAUGGUUUUCCUGUUGAUGAUUCUCACAUUGACAUAAUGGCCUAACUGAACUAGCAGUGGACAUUUUUAUUGAAUUUUAGUUUCAAUAGUUCAUUAGUUUUAUUUUCGUUCACGUAUCCACCAAAGUCAGGAUUAAGCUAUUGCAAAGCUCAUGCUUUGUAUGAAAUUAAUAUGUUAAUAAAACUGUUUGACAAGCUGACGAUACAAUAGUAUAUUUUUAGAUGUCAACGUUUUUCAGGUAUGUCGUGAAAUGUAUUUCUAAGAUUGUGUUCGCAUCGAAAAUCCAUAAUAGGACACAGGUUGUGUGCCCGUGAAACAACUUAGUGAGUUCGGAGAAAUUGGCAGUGGGAUCAUUUCCCAGGUUUUCUCUGCUGGUUUGUUAAUUCACCGUGGUUGUUUGCCAAGUCGGAAACAAUAUUUUAGCAUGCGAGAAUCACUCGUGGCUGAGACAUGGUUGGCUGUGACGUAUGAACGUAUGUUAUAAUAUCAGGGGGUGAAGAACGACUGAUAUCUGUCAUUAUUUACCGCUGUUAAUAUGUAGUUUAUACUGCAACAACUUCGGACGAGAGGGUGUGUUGUUCACAGAGUUGUGGUAGACAUGCUUUGUUUAAAAUGCCAUGACUUGUAAACGUGAAAUUUAUUGAAGUCAUUUUAUCGACUUCCUUCAGUUAAUUAUCCGUAGGAGGGUGUUUUAGUGAUUAAUAUAUAUUGCGAUUUUGUGAGACCAUACGCACCUAUGGUGAAGAUAAAUGUUAUUAAUUUAUUAAGUACAUUGUGCCACCCCGUUUUCUGUAAGAUAUGCUUCUUAAUGAAAGCCAUUUGGUGACAUUAUACGAACAUGUUUGAUGCAAUCUAUUCUGUAUAUGUGGCUGAAUUGUGGAAUAGUGUGUUAUGAUUCGUGUACAAGAUAACGUGGUAUGUGCCAUAAUGCAUACAUGAUAUAUUCAGGAUAAUAUUGAUAAGACUCCUGAUAUAUUAUAUAUUCAAAGCAAUUGGGAUAAAAAAAAUAUCAUUACCAUAUUUGCCAUUAAAAGUUGCAUGUAGUUGUUAUGAAAUUGGAAUGCAUAACAUUAAAAGCGACAUAAGAUCCAGGUUAGUAUACCUAAGAUCCAGGGUAGUAUGAUGAUAUGAUAUCUUUGUAGGUCGUACAUAGCUAAGUGCAAGUUUAAUUAACAUACUUUUCUCACGUCUUAUUUGCAAUACCUCAUGUUUGCCUCGCUUGAAAUAUUGGAAAUCAGGUAAUAAUUGAUUAUAGCAUGAUUUUGCUCUUGUGAUUUAAAAAAUUCAUAUUGUGUGCAGAUUGUUGAUUUUUCAGAAUUAUAAAGGAUCAAAUGGAUAUUAUGUACACUUUUAUCAGUAGUCACUUUAAUUACCAUUAUCUUUAUUGUAAGUAAUCUCCAGUCUUGAGAAGUUCAACCUGGUAAUAAGUCAUCCAAUGUUUUUUCAUAUAUUACCUGCUUGUGAUCAUUGGUUAUAUCACAGAAGUAUAGGUAGGAUAUUAAUAACUAUUUAUGCUUUAAUGGUUACAUAUAUUCAGCAGAUUUACUUAUAUAUGUAUUUUCUUUAAAUGCCCUGCACAUGUUGUAUUAAACACGCAUUAAUUGUGUUUCAACACGAAUUUUCUUUACAUGAAGCUAAUUGCUUACGUCCGAUUGGCUUAGACUUUAUGUGCAGAACUCUCUCUCAAUAUAUAUAUAUAUAUAUAUAUAUAUAUAUAUAUAGAGAGAGAGAGAGAGAGAGAGAGAUAUGUAUGUAUCUAUCUCUGUGGUUUGAGAAAGAGAUUUACUGUGGAGUAUUCUUGUAACGUCUUUUUAAUGUCAUUAUGUGAAAAGUGCCCUCGCAGUGGUGACCGCUAAAAUGUUUUUUUCUACUUGGAUGAGCAUGCUUGCCUCUGCGAAUUUUAGAUGCAUUUCAGUUACUUUACUAUGUUAACCGUACAUUUGCUACGGUGUGUUGAUCACAAGACUACGUGCAAAAAACCUAUGCUGUACACCGUUUUUGUUAUUUCACCUUAUUUGUUCAUAAAUUGUUACAGUUUUA